AAAGUGGUGAACCAAUAACUAUUGUCCACAUCAGAUAUGAAUUUUAUACAAGUACUUUCGACACAAUACCUAAACAAAUCAUAGUAGUCUAAAUAUUCAUUUUAUAGUGGUGUAACACAUGAAAUGUCCUAUAAAGUACAUGUAACGUGAUUUAUUUCAGUAAAAAUGGAUUUUGAAGUAAAAUACAAUACCAAAGUUCCAGCUGUAAAGCGGUUAAUGCUUGAGGCUUGUGAAUUAAAAGAACCCACUGAAGAUUAUAGUGCCUAUCCUUUAGAUGACAAUCUAUUUGAAUGGCAUUUUACAGUAAAGGGUGCUUCAGGGACUGAUUUUGAGAAUGGAGUGUAUCAUGGAAGGAUAAUACUACCAAAUGAAUAUCCAAUGAAACCUCCAAACAUAAUUCUUUUAACUCCUAAUGGACGCUUUGAAGUUAAUAAAAAAAUUUGCCUAAGUAUUUCUGGUCAUCACCCUGAAACUUGGAUUCCAUCGUGGUCAAUAAGAACAGCUUUAUUAGCACUUAUAGCUUUUAUGCCUACUCCAGGAAAAGGGACUAUAGGUUCAUUAGAUUACACUCCUGAAGAGAGAAAGAUACUUGCUCGAAAAUCUAAAACUUGGAAAUGCCCAACGUGUGGUUUGAUCAGUAGUCUCCUUGGUAGCAGCUCAAUGACAGUCUCAGCAGCAGAAUCACAAUUAAUAAAGAGUGUAGUUUUUAAGGCUGAAGAAACUGUUAUUACUAAAGAACAGGAAAAUACCAAAGAUUCAGAACAAAAUAAAAGAGUAUCAACUAGUCCCUCCCCAAUCGGUGGUGAAGAAAACAUUGUAAAUCAAGAAGCCAUCGAGCUUUCAGGGUUUUCUAUCAGCGAUAGAUGUUGUAAUGCAUUAAUUGCAGUAAUUGUUGUCAUUAUCUCAUUCCUUGCAUAUAGGAGACUUUUUUUAAUGUAAAUUGUAUCUCCUUAAAAAGGACAACUUUAUACCAAAAAUACAUAAUUAAUAUGUACCUGGCAUUAUAUACAUUUUAAGUUCUGGUUUUAAUCCAUUAUUUUUAAAGAUAAAGUAAAUAUUUUGUCUCAAAGGAAAAUUAAUGAGAUUUUACAUAAAUGUUAUUUCUAUUAAUACAGAUGUAUUUGUUAUAUUAUUAGUAUAGUUUUUAAAAAUGUAAAUGAUAGAAAGUAUAUUUUGUGAUAUUCAACUAGUUUAAUUAGAGGUAGAAUCAGAUUACAUGUUGCGCAAUACUUUAUCACAAGUAUUGAAAUACUUAAUAGAUCAUUACAAGUUGAUCUCUUUUACAUUAUUCUAUGAUAUUUUUACUUUUUUAGUUAUUUAAAAUUUUAUUUACCACGUCAAAUAAUUAACAGUUUGGAUUGAAGUUUAUAUGUUCAAUAGUUUUAGUAUUUUGACUCUAAUGUUAAUAUUCUAUUAUAAUUUGCUUUGAAAACAAUUCUGUGUGUCUGUUGGAUUAAAUGAUUUUUCACAAUUAGUCUAUUUUAUUACUAAUGGUUUUUAUAAAAGUUAUGACAAAGAUUGAUUCGGUUAUUGAUGAAUUGAGCCAUCAUUAGAAUAAAAGUAAAAAGUCAAAUUGUAAAUUUGAUCUUUUUAUUAGCAUUAUUUAAUAGUUCAAAAAGUUUUUCGCAAUAAUGAGUAAGUCAUCGAUAUAUAUUAUAAUAACUUUUGACCUAUGUACAAAGUUAUGGAGGAGAAAUGAAAUGAGGUCAAGAAUAGAAACUAAUCAUUAAAGUUUUAUAGCUGUUGUCUUGCAAGUCACCUUUGCCUAUAUCUAUUACACAUCCAGUUUAAAAAUAAUUAUUUAUUUAUGCAUACUCAGUAUUUCUGUAAUCUAGAUCCAUUUAUCCAAUUUUACUGUUAUGUAUUUGUUUCCCUAUAUUCAAAUACCCAGUUACUCAUGUCAAUAAAGAUAAAGAAUUUUUGUCUUAGUGGAAUAAAAAUGAGAUUUAUUUAUUUUUCUUAAUUUAUUUAAUUAAAUUUAGUGCUAGAAAAAAGUGGUAUGAUAAUAAGUAGCAUGCCAAUUUGACUUAGGUAUUAAAAUAUUCAAUCAAAAGCUG